AAACUAUUAAAAGAAUCUGGAGAGGAGAACCAGAAGUCAGAAUCUUGUUCUGCUUUUUAGUUUACAGAUGAUGAUGUCUUCUCCAUUGGAGAUCUACAUGUCAGCUUGUUGAGCCAGCCAUGGAUGGUGGAAUUACAUCGAAGACUUGAGUUCCAUGGAUGCACUGCUUCAUCGCCACUCCACCUCUCCUAUAAUCAACCACUACUGUGGCAGCUGCUGGAAGUUGCUUUUUGCCUCUUUUUUUUUUAUUUGAAUCAAAUUCAUUCUUACCAAUUGCACAACAAUGUAUCAAUCAUCAUAAUAUCUUGACACAAAUGUGGGAGAUGAUGCAGGUUUGACUGACAUCUAUGAUUGCCGGGCUAUUGGAUUUUCAUCCAUGUUUGUGAUACCCAAGGUUUUAAGGACGAUGAAGACGACAGAAAUGUGGACAAAUUCUUCGAGGAUUUGGGAUCGGAUGCGAAGCAAAAGGUAUCGAUCUGCGCUGAUUAUUGGCCUUGACACCAAAACUCAACCAGAGAGGAAAAGUUCCACCACUUGUCUUCUGAUUUCUUGAGAGGUAAACCAGAAAGGUGAACCACCCAAGAGAGGAUGUCAAAGGUCAAUGCCUCUGGUUGUGUGUUUGGUGGUCCUCUAAGCACUCAUGGCAGAGUUGGACUCUUCCUGUCUUAGGCUUAAAACCUUACUUAUUGGUUGUCUGAUUGCUUGGAUUGUACUGCAUGUUGCACUUCACACUAGGAAGACUGAUCUACUUGGUGGGAGCUGUAGAGAUCUGAAGACUCGUUUGGCCAUUGUUCAUCUCAGCAACCUUUGAGCUGCUUCCACCGAUCUGUGUGCUUAUGGAAUUCGAGGGGAAAUGUUACAAUAUCCAAAUGCAGGAUGCGAAAUGCCAAAGUUAUUUUUUGGAGAAAAUGCUUCGAGUGGACAAGAUAUCUUCAAGGCACAAGCGCUCCAAGAGUGAAUCCUACCAGAGAAACAGAGAAGUUGAAUUGGAGACUCUGCCUGGAUCAAUCCACCAUGCUAAGCCGGUCAUUGGAGAGUCUACCGGUGACAGUGAGAUCAGAAAUAAGCCAUUGCCUGAAGCUAGUGUCCGAAGUUCAUUGAAGUAUGAGAUUCUGCAGCUUGAGAAGCGGCUACAAGAUCAAAUGAUGAUGCGAUGUGCUAUAGAAAAGGCAAUGGGAUUUGGCUCUUCUGCAGUUUGCUCCUCAAAUGAAAGAUCAGUGCCAAAGCCUACAAAGGAACUGAUAAGGGAGAUAGCUGUAUUGGAAUUAGAGGUUAUGCAUCUAGAGCAGUAUCUGUUAUCACUUUAUCGCAAGGCUUUUGAUCAGCAAACAUCCACAUUAUCUCCCCCUGCUAGUGAGAAUCAAUUGAAAAAGCCAUUGAAUUCCAAACCUGAGUUGCUCCACGAAUCUGCAAAACUCAGAAUCUCAUCUAAUAGAGGAAACUCAAGAGUGCAAUCUAGUCAGACAGAGCUGCCUCAGAAAUGGACUGCCGACUUGGUUAAUGAAGGUUGUGAAAUCAAGUGCCAGGAAGCUCUAUUAGGUCCUGGCAUUCGUCGCAGCCAUUCUUCUCUUUCUUACCGUGCAACUUGUUCUGCUAGGAUUUCACCCUCACAAGAAAGUCUAGCUAGAGCUCUUCACUCAUUCCAUUCUCAACCUUUGUCUUUUCUCAAGGAAGAACAAAAUGUUAAUUCUGGGGUGAUCAGCUUAGCCGAAUAUCUUGAGACUGGUAUCACUGAUGAUGUUCCAGAGUCUCCUAAUAGACUUUCAGAAGACAUGGUUAGAUUAAUGGGUGCUGUAUAUUGCAAACUUGUUGACCCUCCUUUGGUUUUUCAUGGCUUUUCAUCUUCUCCGGCUUCAUCCUCCUCAUCUAUGAGUGCACUAUCUCCCCACUAUCCCGGAGAAUUGUGGAGUCCUGGUUAUAAAAGGGAAUCUAAUCUAGAUUCUAGCUUGAUAAAUCCUUUUCAAGUUGAAGGACUGAAAGAAUUCAGUGGACCAUACAACGCAAUGGUGGAGGUGCCUCUUAUUCGUAGAGACCGUCAAAGACUGAGGGAUGUUGAAGACAUGCUACAUAACUACAAGUUAAUCCUUCAUCGAUUGGAGAUAGUUGAUCCAAGGAAGUUGAGAAAUGAUGAAAAGCUUGCCUUUUGGAUAAACAUACACAAUGCUAUAAUCAUGCAUGCAUACGUCGAAUAUGGAAUUCCCGAGGGGAAUGCGAAAAAGACUUCUUUGUCGAUCAAGGCUAUGUGCUCCAUAGGUGGUCGUUCUAUAAAUGCAGCUAUGAUACAAACUUAUAUUCUUGGGUGCAGGACACACUGUACUGGGCAGUGGCUUUGGACAUUGCUCUAUCCAAGGUUGAAGCACAAGGCUGGAGUCCAAUGGAAAUCCUACGCAAUUGAACAACCAGAACCUCUUCUACACUUUGCACUUUGUUCAGGCAGCCAUUCUGAUCCCGCGGUUCGAAUCUAUUAUUCGGAUCGAUUGUUCCAGCAGCUAGAAUCAGCAAAGGAAGAUUACAUUCGUGCCACCGUUGGUAUUUGGAAGGAACAGAAGAUCCUUCUUCCAAAGCUCAUAGAUUCAUAUGCCAAGGACUCAAAACUAAGCUCUCAAAGAUUGGUGGAAAUGGUUCGGUGUUACCUUCCUGAGACUCUUAGGAUGGCCAUGCAGAGAUGCCAAAAUGGCAGAUCCAAGAAGACCAUCGAGUGGGUUCCCCACAACUUCAGUUUCAGAUACCUGCUCUCAAAAGAAUUGACAAGUUACAGCAGAUAGAAAGAGACUUAAGAAUGAGAUUUGGCUGCCAUGAGUGAGCUGAUGGUUCCAUUACUUUGUUUCUUCUUCACAGGAAAAAGGAGUAGGCAGACUUGUAUAUGGAGGUUGCAAUGUAAUUUACAUGUGUAUGUAUAGUCCAAAUGAACCUUGAUCAACAAGGUACAGUGAGUUUGCCUUUCUUUUUUUCUUUUGAGGAAAUUGCAUAGAUUGGACUGAUUAGUUUCAAGAAAUGUUGGAGUUUUACAUCUUCUCAUGUGAUCAUCACUACUGUUUAGGCCCGGAAGAAGGCAUAGAUGUCGGUGAUGAUGAAUG